GUAGCCUGUGCAAUAUAUUUUAUCUGAAAUAUCGGCGACCCCUAAGCCUUAAUUAUUACAUAGAUGAUGGUAAAGAUUAAACUAGAAUAGAAACUAAUCAAGACAGUUAGUUCCCAUUUCUCUUGUUUUGAGCUGCUUAUGUGUUGCAUAGUAGAAAACUGGGAGCAAUAUAGCUUUUUAAAUAAUCUUAUUUCGUAAUUGAUCAGCCAGUUGUUCUGUAGCCCAAUUAGCAUCUCAUUAUGUUAAUUAGUGGCUUGCAAUAAAAUUUAUUAGAACGCACAACAAAUAUUUUUAAAUCAUAUAGAACAGCAUAUAAAAGUCCACAGACAAGCAUAUUUUAAACAAUUCUUCCUGUAGCACGUCUUUUUGCACCGUUUAACAGUUUUGAAAUAAAAAGAUUCAUAGUUGGAAAUCGUGAAAAAUAACAGGAGGACGAAAACAUGUCAUGGACAAUGAAUACAACUUCUACAGGCUCUGAGUUGAAACCUAUAUAUGAAGAUAAAAGUUUUGCAGAAUCAUAUGAAAAUGACGUAUUCAAAUCACCACGAAAUAGUUUCAUACAUGCUCCUCCACAAAUACCAAAUAAGGAUAGCGAUAUGGACGAACGAUGCCAGUACAUAAACGACGCUAUCACGUGGGUAAAAGAAGAGCUUACUAGCUUAAAGCAACAAGAUAAAAACUUGAUGCAUGCUUAUAAAGAUUUAAUGGUGACGAUGACCACCUUAAAGAAAAUGAACACAACAUUUCAAGAACAAGGUGUAGUCAUAGAAAGCAUGAACACCAAAGAGGAGUCUCCGGCUAUUGUUGACUUACCGAGACAAGAUUCCAGCGAGCAAAGAUACAAGCGUAUUGGUCUCGGUGCCGCAAGACUUUACUCUUACAGCUAAUGUCGAUAUAUGAACGUUUGUGGUGAUAAACAAGCUUAAUUUGCACGUUAUUUUUAUCUUAAAUUUUCUUAUUCUUUUGCGCUUUUUGCUAGGCAAAUUAAAUAGAAAAAAUGCAAUUAAUUUUCAGUUGAAAAAAUAACAAAUAAUAAAAGAUCCGGUCAUGCAAAUACUCUAAUUUUCUUCACAUUUCUUAACAUGGAGCUUUUAUCCAGCUAU